GUAUGUAAGUAUGAAUAAUAUCAUGGCAACAAACUUUGCGAGCAAAUUAUUUUUUCUAAUUCCAUGACAACAGCGUAGAGAAUAUGGGAGUUAAGCACGUACUUGCUUAUAGUUUGAAAGAGCAACUCAAGGAAUUUGCAAGGAAUAAAGUUUGGAAAAGCCAUGAUAAAAUUUAAUAUUAAAAUUAACCACACCUUGUACUUAACUAUAAGUAUAUGUAUAUUGUGCUUUGAAAAUUAUGUUAAUUGUUUGGAAGCUCCGCAUAUAACUAUUCCUGGACAGGGAAUUAUUGUGGGUACUUAUCUCAAAAUGUUUCGGGCACAAAAUAUUAAAGCAUAUUUGGGAAUCAGGUAUGCCCAUGCUUUACGUUUCUCUCCACCUGAUCUGGAUAUGUCAGAGUGGCGAGGAGUUCAGAACGCGACAAAGUUUGCACCGCUUUGUUGGCAAAACCCGUCCUACGCCAAAAAUACAGUCGUACAUGAACUUCUAAGAAAUAAAGUUGCAGAGGACCACGAUAUAACAUACGACGAAGAUUGUCUAUAUCUUAAUAUUUUCGUUCCCGAUGGCUCCCCUGGUCUCAAAGGAUAUGCUGUAGUAUUUUGGAUUCACGCAGGUGAUUUUUCGAACGGUGCCCCUACAGAUAUUGAACCGUUUCAGGUCGUUUUCAAACAAAAAAUAAUAGUUGUGACAUUUUCAUACCGUUUGAAUAUUUUUGGAUUUUUGUCUACCGCCGAUGGAGAAGCGCAAGGCAAUUAUGGAUUGAUGGAUCAAUCAGCUGCUUUGUUUUGGGUUAAAAAGAAUAUAAAUCACUUCGGUGGAGAUGAAAACCGAAUUACAAUUAUGGGACACUCAGCAGGUGCAAUCAGUGUUGGAUUGCAUUUAAUAUCUGAAGAAUGGUCAAGAGGCGGGUUUUCAGGAGCAAUUAUGAUGUCUGGCAAUCCAAUAAGUGAUGACGCUGUACGCGACCCAAAAUUCUAUAAAUACCCCUUGGACUCAAUAUCAAAUUUAUUUGGUUGUACUAGAAAGCCAACCUCGCUGCUGUUAGCUUGUUUGAGGAAAGUUGAUGCAAAAACACUGGCAAAAAAUAUUCCAGAGGUGGAGUGGGGUCCAGUUAUUGAUUAUGGCCUAAGUAACACCUCAUCUCCCUUUAUCAGAGAUCAUCCUCGAAAAAUGUUUCAAGAAGGAAACUUCCAAAAUGUUCCCAUAUUGAUUGGCGUAACCGACAUGGAGGACACACUUAGCUUAGUGGAUGACAUAACAGACACUAAAUUCACAGACAAUGAUUUUUUUCGUGCUAUUAAUGAAGUUUCGAAACGUGAUCUGAAGAUGAGUACAGAAAAUGAUGAAAAUUGUACAAAUUCACAAAUUAUAAUCGACGCAAUCACCUAUAUAUAUCCAUCUCAAGGUGACAUCAAAACAUUCUUAAGUUUUCAUACAGAUCGCAUGUACAUUGCACCGUUAUUUUUUAUGGCAGACAUCAUAAGCAAAGACAAUAAUGUCUUCGCAUACUUAUUCAGUACCCGUCCACAAACUAAAUUAUUAAACCUGCCAGAAUGGGUAGGCGUACCUAAAUUUUUCGAUCAAAUUUUUGUGUGGGGAGUUCCAUAUAUGAAUAACAAUCUCCUAAAGGAGUGGAACUCAAGCGAUAAGAAAAUAUCGGAUGUCGUCAUGACAAUGUGGGCAAAUUUCGCCAAAUCUGCGAAUCCCAUUAUUUCCAAUGUAUAUGUUAAAUGGAACUCAUACAAAGCCGAGAACAGUACAGUUUUGAUAAUUGACCAAAAUUUUAACUCAGAAGUCGUUAAUAAAAUGUUCUCUGUAAGAUUUUGGAAUAAUUAUUAUCCCGAGCUAGUUAAGUUUGCGGCAAAUUGUUGUGAUGCCGCCAAUUCGGCGUCGUCGAAUAAUAACAAUGAAUUUCCUUUGAUUGCAUUGCGGAAUCUUGGCAUGGUUUUCCGAAUUUUAGCAUUUUGUUUGUUUUUAGUUACACAUAAUAUAUAUAUUUAA